CUAGACCUCAAAAAAUCAGCUUUAUUUUAUUGUAUCAUUCAUAGAGUUGCCCAGGUUGUCUUCAAACUCCCAACUAUCCUCCUGCCUCACCUUUCCUAGUGCUGGGAUGACAGACACGUGUUGCCACACUCAUCUUCUUUCUUAGUGACCACAUGUGUGUAUGUACAUGUACAAGGGUGUUUGCGUGCAAGUAUGCAGAAGCCAAUGAAUCCCAGAAACCUUCCUGUCUCCACCUCCUCAGCCCCAUGAUAUUGUCAGUCAGUCUGUCUGUCUGCCUGUCUGUCUGCCUGCCUGCCUGUCUGAGGCACCAAAUGUGCCCUGCUUGGGGGAGCACCUGCACCCCCACAAAUAAAACCAGAAAAGAAUUCUAGGUUAUAUACCCACUUAAUUCACACAACUUGGAGUUGAAACAGAAGUGAAGGAGGCAUUCCCCAACACCGUCACUGCCCCUGAAACAAGGAGGUACCACCACACCAGUUUUGAAAAAGCAUGGCUUCUAGGAAUCCAACUCUGGCCCCCAUGCUUCUGGGGCAAGCACCGUACCCUUAGAGCCACCUCCCCUGCCCUAGUGUAAUGUUUUUGAAGUUCGCUCAUGUUGCAGCAUGAGUCAUCCCACAUUUAUUUUUAAUUGCUAAGUAGUAUUCCCCUGUCUUGAUAGAAUGCUUCUCCUUCCUCUGCAUCUCGAGGGACAGACAUUUGAAUCAUUUCCAGUUUGGGGUCGUAAUGAAUCACACUGUGACAUUUGUGUACCGGCCUUUAUGUGGACGCCAGCCUUCAUUUCUCUCGGGUAGAUCCCUCGGAAUGGAUUGCUGAGUCAUUUGCAGAGAGUACUUCAGGCAGAGGAGCCGGGAGAAGCCACCAGGACACACAGACCCAUGGGAAAGCGGGUCGUGGCCACCUCAGGAUCAGGGAGGACGACUUGGGGUGGUGGGCACUGAGGGAGACAUUCUCCCUCCCAGCAUUUGCGCCAUGCAGCUUGGGACAGGACAACUCCGACAGUGCAGGCAGUGACCCAUCCCACCCCUAAGUCUCCUGGGGGGCACUGCCCAGCCCUCCACCCUGUCCCCAGAGGCAGUAUCCCGAGAUGGCUGGGCACGGGUGGGGUGCACCAUGGGUGCUUGUGGCUGCCGUCACGUUACUGCACGCAGGCGGGCUGGCCCAAGGUGACUGCUGGCUGAUCGAGGGUGACAAGGGCUUCGUGUGGCUGGCCAUCUGCAGCCAGAACCAGCCGCCUUAUGAGGCCAUUCCCCAACAGAUCAACAACACCAUUGUGGAUCUGCGGCUUAACGAGAACCGCAUCCGCAGUGUGCAGUAUGCCUCCCUGAGCCGCUUUGGGAACCUCACAUACCUCAACCUCACCAAGAAUGAGAUAGGCUAUAUCGAGGAUGGGGCCUUCUCUGGCCAGUUCAACCUCCAGGUGCUGCAGCUGGGUUACAAUCGGCUGCGCAACCUUACAGAGGGCAUGCUGCGGGGCCUGAGCAAGCUGGAGUACCUGUACCUGCAAGCCAACCUCAUUGAGGUGGUGAUGGCCAGCGCCUUCUGGGAGUGUCCCAACAUCAUCAACAUAGACCUCUCCAUGAACCGUAUCCAGCAGCUAGGCAGCGGCACCUUCGCAGGCCUGGCCAAGCUCUCGGUGUGUGAAAUUUACAGCAACCCUUUCUACUGCUCCUGUGAGCUGCUGGGCUUCCUGCGCUGGCUGGCCGCCUUCACCAACGCCACACAGACCCAUGACCGGGUACAGUGUGAGUCACCUCCCGUCUACGCUGGCUACUUCCUGCUGGGCCAGGGUCGCCAUGGCCACCAACGUAGCAUCCUCAGCAAACUGCAGUCUGUAUGUACUGAGGACUCCUACACAGCUGAGGUACUUGGCCCACCUCGCCCAGUGCCGGGCAGGUCACAGCCAGGACAUUCGCCACCACCCCCUCCACCAGAGCCCAGCGAUGUGCCCUGUCCCGAUGACGAGUGCUUCUCUGGUGACGGCACCACACCGCUGGUGGUCCUGACUACUCUGGCCACUCAGAUGGAGGCUCGUCCCUCCAUGAAAGUCAAGCAGUUGACCCAAAACUCGGCCACCAUCAUGGUGCAGCUGCCGAGCCCAUUCAACCGCAUGUACACACUGGAGCAGUACAACAACAGCAAAUCGUUCACCGUGUCCAAGCUGACCCAGCCCCAGGAGGAGAUCCGCCUUACCAAUCUCUACACCCUCACCAACUACACAUACUGCGUGGUCUCCACCAGCUCUGGCACCCAUCAUAACCACACCUGCCUUACCAUCUGCCUUCCCAAGCCGCCCAGCCCACCUGGCCCUGUGCCCAGCCCCUCCACAGCCACUCACUAUAUCAUGACCAUCCUGGGCUGCCUCUUCGGCAUGGUGCUCGUUCUGGGCGCCGUUUACUACUGCCUGCGCAAGCGGAGGCGACAGGAGGAGAAACAUAAGAAGGCGGUGGCGGCAGCAGCUGGCAGCCUGAAAAAAACCAUCAUCGAGCUUAAGUACGGGCCUGAGAUUGAGGCACCUGGGCUAGCCCCGUUGACCCAGGGCCCGCUGUUGGGCCCCGAGGCUGUGACUCGUAUACCCUACCUGCCAGCCACCACCAGUGAUGUGGAGCAGUAUAAGCUGGUGGAGAGUAGUGAGACCCCCAAAGCCACCAAGGGGAACUACAUUGAAGUGCGCACAGGGGAGCCAGCAGAACGCAGAAGCUGUGAGCUGAGCCGACCUGGCGGUCCGGAAAACCAGGGGUCAGUAGCCGAGAUCUCCACUAUCGCCAAGGAGGUGGACAGGGUCAACCAGAUCAUUAACAACUGCAUCGACGCACUCAAGUCCGAGUCCACCUCCUUCCAGGGCGCCAAAUCUGGGGCCGUGUCUGCGGCUGAGCCGCAGCUGGUACUGCUAUCCGAGCCUCUAGCUAGCAAGCACAGCUUCCUGUCCCCUGUAUACAAAGAUGCCUUCGGCCAUGGUGGCCUGCAGCGGCACCACAGUGUGGAGGCUGCGCCUGGUCCUCCCAGGGCCAGCACUUCAUCCAGCGGUUCUGCACGUAGCCCUCGCACCUUCCGGGCUGAGGCCACCGGCACACAUAAGGCCCAAGCCACUGAGACCAAGUACAUUGAAAAAAGCUCACCUGUGCCCGAGACCAUCCUCACUGUGACACCCGCGGCCACUGUGCUGCGGGCCGAGGCCGACAAGAGUCGUCAGUAUGGCGAGCAUCGGCACUCGUACCCCGGCUCCCACCCUGCUGAGCCACCUGCUCCACCACCACCUCCACCCACUCAUGAGGGGCUGGGUGGCCGCAAGGCAUCUAUCCUGGAGCCUCUGACCCGGCCACGACCCCGAGACCUCGUCUACUCGCAGCUGUCCCCGCAGUACCACAACCUGAGCUAUUCCUCUAGCCCUGAGUACACCUGCAGGGCGUCCCCGAGCAUCUGGGAGCGCCUCAGACUGAGCCGUCGGAGGCACAAGGAUGAUGCGGAGUUCAUGGCGGCUGGCCACGCCCUGCGCAAGAAGGUCCAGUUUGCCAAAGAUGAGGACCUGCAUGACAUCCUAGACUAUUGGAAGGGCGUGUCUGCCCAGCACAAGUCCUGAAUCUCCCUCCAUCCCUCGGCAGGGCCCAAAGUAACCUGGCCCUGUCUUCUCCGAAACUCGUGAUGCUCAGUGGACCAAAAAGGAUAGACCAUCGGCAGCAGCUAUCCCUGACUGAGACUCAACACUAAGCCCAACAUAAGUGCACAACAAGGGGCUGCUGGGCUCAGUGCCUGGCCUGCAGGGACAGCUCGAGGAGGCCACAGGUGGCCAUGACAGUAGACAUACUAACUUUCAUGUAAACUGUAUUGUGCCUGCUGCCUGGUGCAAGCAAGCAAGAUAGACACACACACACACACACACACACACACACACACGCACAUACACACACACAUGCACGCACGCAUGCACACACGCACAAACACAUAUACAGGUACACAUGCGCACACACAUGCACAUGCAUACACAUGCACACAUGGGACUUCAGAAAACUGUGUCUUACGGGUGGGGGUGGGGGAGGGGGAAUUUUUUCCAUUAUCUUUCUUGUUUUGAGUCUUCUCUUCCUUUUAUCCCUUUCUUCUCUCUUUCCUUUUUCUUUCCUUCCUUUUUAAAAAAUAUAUCUAUAUAUAAAAGUGAAAUUCUUUAAAAAAAACCUAAAUCACCUAUCAUGGGGGGCGUAACCGAGUGUGGCCAGCGCUUUAUGGCACCCCCCUAAAUAUGAUCUCCCAGUCUGUGGAGUGCAGAGGGGUACAGCUGAGGCAGAUGGGCUGUCUUUGACUCUGGCAGCUUCCCGAGGCUGUGGGACUCCAGGAGGGAGAUGGAAACUGUGUCUGGGGACAGGACAGGGUGGCAAGAGGGGUGCAGGCUGGGAAGCAUUGUGGGGUCCCCCACCCCGGCCCAUCUUCAUUGUACACUGUAGCUGUUCUAUUGUACAGAAAAAAUCUAUAUUUGCAAAGUUUGCUGUAAAAUGAGAGAGAAAAAAGACUAUGUCUACUAAAAAAAAUCUGCAAAGGAAAAAAAUUCAAAUGCA